AUGAACAUCCGAGUACAAUUGCAGAUUUUGGUAUGGGCUGUGAUUUUUUGUACCUCUGCUGGUUUGUCUCGAAGGAUCUCAGACGAGGACAUUCGGGAUUUGGAACUGGAUUAUUUCGUGCAGUCGAAUGCCCAGAGUAUGCAGACCAUAUUGGACCAUUACAACGAGGUCGUAAUACAAUACUAUUACCAGGACCUAGCUAACAUUGCAACAGCUCUGGCCAAUAGUGACGAUUUUUUGAAUAACAUUAAUAGCAACGGUACUGCGUAUGCUAAGAAGACUGACACGGCGGAAGACGAUGACGAUCUACUAUGUUUACCUACAGAAUUUCCAUACCCUGAUCCAAUAACCGAUAUAUGCCUCGAUUUGCCAGCACGAAAUAUAUGUGUGAUAGUAAAAAUUGGUUUUAUAUCUAUUGGUCCUAUUUGCAUACCGCUCAGCACUUUACUGCCCUUGCUAUUGCCCAAUCUAUUACCGCUAAUACUUCCCCGGUUACUGCCUAUGCUGCUGCCCAGAGACUGUCCAUUUGAUCUACCGUUCCCACUCAGUGAAAGUAUAGCUGGAAAGAUGAACCCUUUCGAAGACUUACCUUUCGAUUUACCGAUAGAGCUCCCAGAAAUACCGGACACAGUUGCAAACAUCUCCGCCGACUGUUUCUUCACAGAGAUAAAAUUUCUAUUAGAUCUUGUAUGUACACCACGACAAUUUUAUGCGUUUGAAAUGUUCGACGCCAUGGGAAAAUUGCCAAGUGGACUUCUCAAAGGAGACCUCCGAUGGUUGGGAUCGUUUCUAGAAUGCCGAGAGGUAUUGAAUGUGAACGCCAGUAGGUUAUCAUCUGUUGACACCUUCGACGGAAAAUACUGUCUAACCAAAUGGACCAUUGCAAGUGAUGACGAUGAUGGAGUGAAUUUGCCACUGCAAAUUGGAGUAUGUAUGCCGAGUGUAUGUAGUGACCAAGAUGUAAGCAACAUGAUGGAACUAGGUAUUGGCCUGCUCUUCAGCGAUGGUCUCAAUUUGGACUGGGUGUACUGUAACUAUGACGACCCGCUUGAUGCAGGUGCUAUAACAACGUUGGUCAUUAUUUUUGUUAUCAUAGCACUGUGCAUUAUCGGGGCUAUUGUCGAUUACUUUGUCAAGAGACGUUACGAAAAGCUUAUGCCAAGACCUAACCAAAUAUCAACCAUGGAUCCGUCGCUAUCAUUCCAUAAUUAUGGGAAUGACAUCGAGAUGUCGGAUGCCGUCAAGGACGUCGGAACAGAUACAUCAGUCGACAAGCAAGACGAAAACAAGAAAGCAGAUGUUAUACAUGAAAAAAAGAUAGAGGCUGCAGACGAUCUUACCUACGUAAACGUAAUAGAGGAAUAUACAACUACAGAAGUCGAAAAAACUAAAAAAAUGGCUCGCAAGUUGAACCCGAUCCGAGCGUUUUCAGGUUUUAUCAAUGGAUCCAAGUUGCUUAGCACAGAGUACAACGGAGGUGAAAAGACUAUCAGUGCUAUACAUGGCAUGCGGGUCUUAACGUUAUGGUGGGUCAUCUACCAAAUGGCGUACGAAACGUCAUACGAAGUAUUACAAAACCCAUUAGACCUGUUGUGGAUUGCAGAGAGGCUCUUCUCCCAGGCGUUAGGUAACGGCUCGUUUGCCACUGACACGUUUUUUGUUAUCAGAUUCUGGCCGGCGUACAUAGUCAUUUUGCUGCAAUACAUGUUUCUAUUGCCGUACAUGUGCGGCGGACCUAUGCAGUACAUCGCUAAGGAUUAUGCUGAACCGUGUUAUUCUUACUGGUGGACCAACGUGUUAUUCAUCAACAAUCUGUACCCAUACAACGACAGUCUUCGGUCGAGGUGCAUGCCUUGGACUUGGUAUAUCGCCUGCGUCAUGCAAUUUUAUAUUAUUAGUCCACUCAUCAUUCUAGUGUUGAAGUGGAGAGAAUCUAUCGGAUUGGUUGUAAUGGGAUUAUUGUGUGCUAUGGAUUUCACUUGUACCGCCCUUAUAUCUACGUAUUACGGCCUAACUGCUAGCCCAGGCCAAUCUCGAUUCAACGACAAAGCCGAUGACAACCCGUUCGGUGAUUAUAUUGUAGCCAAGCCACAUACGAGAAUUGCCACGUACAUACUCGGGAUGUUUCUAGCGUAUGUUUUGAUUAAACAUGAAGAGGGGAAAUUCAGAAUCAAUAAGCCUAUCAGUAUAACGUGCUGGAUCAUAUCAACGUUCUUUGGUUUUGCUAUUGUGUAUUGCACCUACAGUAGUUACCAUGAGCCAGAGUGGUCGCAGGCACUGACGGUGUUUUAUUUAACAGUGAGCCGAUUUACAUUCGGCAUAGCCAUAGCGUGGGUUAUAUUUGCUUGCGCCACCGAACAUGGAGGUUUGGCAAAUAAGUUCUUAUCAUGGAAUUUUUGGGUUUCACUUAGUCGGAUGUCAUUCUGUACGUAUUUAGUGUUUCCCAUCUGGAUGGCUUUCUUAUUACUCAAUAAUCACGUACAGCCGUACGUGUCGGACUUGAAUAUGAUGUACAUGUUUGUGGCUUAUCUCGGCGUCAGCUUCGCUAUCGGAUUCUUUUUAGCCAUGCUUGUUGAGCGUCCAGCCAUACAAAUAGAAAGACUUAUGUUCAGGAAGGGACUGGAUGAAGACUACCCGUUUUAA